AUGGGGUCACAGCGCACGUUCUCACCUGAAAUCGUCAUGAGGGGCCUGUUCCAGUUCUCAUCUCCUCGCAGUCCGCCUGCCCCUCAAGGUGCCAUGUGGCAGAUGGAAGAAGACGAUGGCUUCAUUCUCGUACCCAGACCGGGUCGCGAACAGGUCGAGGACCCCGAACAAGUUCCUCAGUACCUGCCAGACAUUGACGACAUCAUCCACGGUUUGGAACCUUCACUAUGGCCCUUGAACACCUUCAUCCAUUACAACCCUGAGCUUGGCUACAAGGAGCACAAAGCUCACGAUGCCUUGACCAAGUUCAUGGAGUCGCAGGCAGGUUGGGUUGUCACACGAUCGGCAUUUGGCAUGGAAACAGCGUGGCUGGCUGUCUAUGACAGCGGCAGACCUGGCCCGACAGUGUCAUUCAACGCCGAAAUGGAUGCGCUCCCAGGAUUAGGGCACGCAUGUGGCCAUAACCUCAUCGCCGUGGCUUCCUUGGCCGCAGGCCUCGCUUCAGCCAAGAUUCUUCGCAGACACCGUCUCGGCGGCAAGGUCACCAUUGUCGGCACACCGGCCGAGGAAGGCGGCGGCGGCAAGAUCAAGUGUCUCGAUGCCGGCGCCUACAGAGACGUCGACGUCUCCAUCAUUUCCCACCCGGGGAUCCUCAACAACAGUCCCAUGGUUCGCACAACCGCCUUCACCCACCUCAAUGUCGCAUACCACGGCCGUGCCGCGCAUGCAGCUCGCAGCCCUUGGCGCGGCAUCAACGCACUCGACGCCAUGGUUGUGGCGUACAACGCCAUCUCAGUGCUGCGUCAACAGACACGCCCUGACGACAUCAUCGGCUUGCAAAUCACAAACGGCGGGAACAAGCCCAACGUCAUCCAUGAGCACGCCGGCGGCGUAGCCGUCCUUCGCGCCACCAGUGCAUCAAGACUGCGUGAGCUGCAAUACAGAGUCGAGGCGUGCUUCAGGGCUGGGGCCGAGGCCACUGGGGCGACUGUCGAUAUCGAAGUUGUUCCGGGUUACCUGGACCAUGUCCCCAACAGCGUGCUCGCAGCGGCGUUUACCAAGUACUGGAAGGCUUUGCCUGGCGUGCCCGAUCCACCUUUGCCGCUGCCUGGGCAGUUCACCUGGGUCAAAGCCAGUACGGAUCAGGGGAACUUGAGCUACGCUCUGCCAAGCAUGAACGUGAGUUUUGCGAUCCCUCCGGGCGUCAACGGCGGGCAGCCGCACAGUCCAGAUUUCGAGAAGGCGUCAAGCACCAGGGGGGCGUUUGACAGGGCCAUGAGGGUCGGCAAGGCCAUGGCUGGGACGGCCGUGGAUAUCUGCGCGACGCCUGGGCUAUUGGACCAGGUUCGUGAGCAGUGGAAGCGAGACAUGGCGAGGCAGGACGGGGCUUCCGCGGUAUAG